CUCUAUCCAUUGAAGAUGAAGAUAAUUUCUGUGCGUUUCCCUCGCUAUGGUAAUCCGUUUAACUCUUUCCUUUCUACAUUUAGAGCUUGUUAUUCAAGUCGUAAUAAUACAUCUAUUUCAGUAAAGGGUAAACUUGGGUUAAAUAGCAAGAUUGAGAAUGUUAAGUGCUUAGAUGAUGCUGUUACUCUCUUCCAUCAAUUGGUUAGAAUGAAGCCUCUUCCUUCAGUUAUCAGUUUCUCUAAAUUAUUUAAGACUAUACUAACUAUGAAGCAUUAUUCUACUAUGGUUUCUCUUUUUGGAGAAAUGCAGAAACUGGAUAUCCCAAUUAGUAAUUCCAUCUUGAAUAUUGUGAUUAACAGUUAUUGCCUUAUGCAUCGUGUUGACUGUGCAUUUUCGGUAUUACCCAUUUACUUGAAGAAUGGCAUUCCAUUUGAUGUUGUCACCUUUAACACCCUAAUUAGGGGAAUCUUUGCUGAAAAUAAGGUUAAAGAUGCGGUUGAAUUGUUCAAGAAAUUGGUUAGAGAGAAGAUCUGUGAGCCCAACGAAGUCACAUAUGCAACCGUCAUGAAUGGGCUUAGUAAAAGGGGUCAUACUGAGAAGACUUUGAGUUUGCUCCGGUUAAUGGAACAAGGGAGCACUAAGCCCGGCAUAAAGAACUACAGCAUUGUGAUAGAUGCUCUUUGCAAAGAUAGAAACUUAGAUGCUGCUAUCAGCCUUCUGAACGAGAUGAAGCAGAAAGGUAUUCCUCCAAACAUAGUCACAUAUAAUUCAUUAAUUGAUGGUUUGUGUAAGCUUGGUCGGUGGGAAAAGGUUAAGAUGUUGUUCGCUGAGAUGGUGAACCUUAAUACUUAUCCAGAUGUGAGAACCUUUAACAUACUUAUAGAUGGACUAUGCAAAGAAGGGAAAGUUGAAGAUGCCAUGGAAAUAAUGAGACACAUGACCCAUAAAGGUGUAGAGCCUAAUUUGAUCACUUAUAAUGCGAUAAUGGAUGGAUAUUGUUUGUGUGGUCAACUUGAUAGAGCGAGGAAAAUGUUUGAUAUCAUGAUUGAUAAGUGCAUUGAGCCUGACAUUAUUAGCUAUAGCAUACUAAUAAAUGGAUCCUGUAAGAAAAAGAAAAUGGUUGAGGCAAUGCAAUUGUUUCAUGAAAUUUCUCAAAAGGGAUUAAAACCUGAUAUCUUUACCUACACUACUAUUUUGCAAGGUCUAUUUGAAGUUGGAAGAAUUGGCUCUGCAAAAGAAUUCUUUGAUGAGAUGCUGUCAACGGGGCCCAUACCUAAUUUAUACACUCAUUGCACUUUGCUCAAUAGUUAUUUUAAGCACGGAUUUGUUGAAGAAGCUAUGUCACAGUUUAAUAAGUUGGAAAGUGAGAUAGAGUAUACUAGUAUUGUAUUUUACGGUGUUGUGAUUAAUGGAUUGUGCAAAAAUGGUAAACUCCAUGAAGCUCAUGCGAUUUUCGAGAAGGUUUCUUUAAUGGGAUUGCUUCCGGAUGUGAGAAUAUACAAUACUUUGAUAAAUGGAUUUUGUCGAGAAGGGUUGUUGGAUGAAGCUAAAGCUAUGCUUAGAAAAAUGGAGGACAAUGGUUAUUUGCCAAACAAUGUCACUUACAACGUUCUUGUGCAAGGAUUUCUCAGGUGCAGCAAAAUUAGCGAAAUGGCAGCUUUCAUGAAGGAAAUGACUGGAAGGGGCUUCUCAUUUGAUGCAAGUACAUCUGAGAUUCUGGUAAAGGUUAUAAGCGCGAAUCCUUCCGUUCUUGACAUGAUACCAGAGCUUUACUCGGAAACUAAGAAGUGAAUAUUUCUUUCGCUUGGUUUAUUUGGCUCUACUAUCACUAUGGUACAAUUUCGGAUUACUAUCUGCAAAAGAAAUUGUAUCCGCUGCAAUUACGCAAGCUGAAGAAAUUACAAUUAAAACGAUGUUUGCGCUUUCCAGGCUGGCUUAUUGAGGAGGUACAUCACUUUCAAUAUUUUGAUUGUUUUUUUGACUCUUCUUUUACUGCUCUCUUGAUAUGAUAAAUAAUGUGAGUUUCCCUUCACAUUAUAAGUCUAGGAAUAUCAUUUUCAGUGCUACUAAUUAGUUAUCUUCCUGUAUUAUCAUUUUCUAUCUAUUUGAGAGUCAAUCACAACUGCUUACAACUUAGAAAUUACUUUCCAUUUUGUCAGAAGCCAUUCACCUACUUGGAAACAAUCUUUUUGAUAGUUUCUGAAGUCUUGGUAACAGCAACCACAAUUGGAGCACCGGAGUUGACAAGUUCAACAACAUCCUUUUCCCCGAAGCACUGAUAUGCUAUAUCUUAUAUGAACGGUCAAUACCAUAUUUAGAAUACUUAAGAAUAAAUUUUUUGAUGUUUAUAUAUGAUCCAAGAGUACCAGAGUUGAAAUAUAACUUGUUCAAAAUUGAUAAGGUAUACAAAUCUUUCAUCUUUAUUCGAAAAGGAUGGUAGUCCAUGUAGUCGUUGUCAACUACUCCAUAUAGUUGUUGUCAAUGUAGCUCUUUUUGCAAUUCUCCUUCCUUAACAUUAUAAAGUGCAUUUGAAGUUUAUGAAUUUUUUGAUUGCUCUGUAAUUGCUUGUUUCUUAUUUUGGUUUAUGUAUUUUAAAUUUCAUGUGCAUCUUCUACUUGUUAUUUAGAGUUUGAAAAGAAAUGGGACCCUUGACUUAUCUUAUACUACAGCACUGUGUUAUAAUGCUGGUAAUGUUAGCUAAUGAGAUGGACGCAGUUGAGCUUUCCUUGAUCAUGGUGUCCACGUGUAGCUUCUUCAUAUUUGUCGUUAGGGAUAUUAGUCGUCUAUGGGAUAUAUCAGAUAGGAGUAGCACGUAUCUAAUUUCUUCUAUGUUUCUAGAAUCGCGAGGCGUUUUAUUACAGGACGUCAAUUUUGUUUGUGUGUGGGUUUGCAGAACAGGCUCAUCAUGGUCACAACAGAAACUAAAGUUCUGCAAGCGAUGCAACUGAUAACAAAAAACUGCAGCAGGCACAUUCUUGUUGUUGUUAGUUGGAGAUGUUGUUCGUCUCGAUGCAAGUGAGCUUAGGGAUGAGCUCAACCGUUUAAACGCCUUACAUACAAGGAGGUUAUUACAUGACAGUGACGAGAAAUAAAUGGAUCAUAUGGCCUUAAAUCUCAACAUUCUUGGGUCUGCCAAACUGCUUUUGUGGUUUAGUGUGCUUAUGACUAGCAGUUGUUUAAUAUUGACAUAUUCUUCCAGUUAAGCUCAAGAUGUUUUCUGUGUUAGCACAAUGCUGAAAACAAUAGCCAUUUGUGACAGAUAUUUUUUAGCAUGACUGGUUUAAAGUGGGUCAUGCCAGAAUCUUCAAUCCUAGUUCAUACUUUGUUCUUUAGGUUUUUAAACGCGUCAACACGUAUUCAGAACAACCUUCCAUGAUUGUACUUUGCCUGGUGUACUCUUUUGUAGCUAUAACCUUUUUUAUAUUUGUAUCUAUAUAGUGAAGCCUAGGCGCAACGGUAAAAGUUGUCAUUGUGUGACACGGAGGUCAUGGGUUCAACCUAUGUUUGUAAAAAUACAAGGGAAGGCUGUGUACAUACUACUGUACAUGGUUCAGCUCUUUCUUAGGAUUCCAUGCACAAUGGGAGCUUGGUGCAUCGGCUGCCCUUUUUAACAUAUUUACAUUAUGCAUAACAAAAACUUUAAUAUAUCCGGUUCUGUAUUUGUAGGAAUAGUCUAGUCUGUUGAAUUUACUCACUGUAUAUGUGUGCUUUUUUAGAGAAUCUGAUUCAAAUUUUUUGGUCUCGAUAGAAAAUUGGGAGUCAACUAGUUACGUCUUCCUUGCACUUCAAAGUUGCAUCACGAGUUACCUUUUUAGAAGAAAAGAAAGCACUAUAUUGAAGCCUACUAUUAAUUUGCUAGGUUAAGAAGAAAUUUCUUUUGAAGACAGACAAAAUCUGUCAACAAUUCUCUACUGAAAUUGUUUGUGUCUUAAGUGUGUACUCUAGUCUCUGCUUGUUAUUUGAAAAACUUGGGGGAAAAGGGUCCUAUGUCUUAUCUUAUACUUUAGCACUGUGUUAUUAUAUGCUGGUAACAUUUGUUAGUGAGAUGAACGCAGUAGAGCUUUCCAUGAUCAUGUCUUCAUGUAUAGAUUAGUCAUAGUUGUUCAUUUAAGAUAUUUAGGUGUCUAUUUUAAUUUGAGUCCUGUGGCUGUGGGCAUCAUUAGAUAGGUGUAAAAUACAUCUAAUUUCUUUUAUGUUUUGUCACAAAAUUACCUUUUGAAUGUCAGCUUUGGUCUUGUUAUUUUAGUUCUCCUUUAUCAUCGUAAUAAAGUGCAUUUGAAGUUAUGAAUUGUAUGCUCAUAUACUCUUGUUGCAUUGUCUUGCCUUUACUUUGCCUUGUGAACAGAAGAAUUUUAUUUUUUGUUAUGCUUUUUUGUUGGACCAAACUAUCCCCUGCAAAAAUCAAUUCAGCUAACUGGGAGCAAAGGAAAGAAAAGGAGCAAGUGGGUCGCAUUAAUUGAAAAUUCUCUUCUUUAGUUACUUCCAUUUUUAUUUCUUUAAAUAUGCAAGUGUUUCAUAUUGUAACAUUAGUUUAGAGCAUUCUAUAAGCACCAGAUUGAUGCUAGAAUUUUGAUGUUUUGCAAGUUCACGGAGUAUUAUUAAUUUUUUUACAUGAUUAUGUAAGGGACAAGUUUGAUUUUAUUAAUAAGAAAAAGGAAAAAGGGCCAAA